ACCAUUCACCAACACUCAGACCUCAACCAUUCCAUUUCUUCACGAUUCAACGUCUCUCUGCGUGUCUGUUCCCCUCUCUUCCAUAAGAGUUCGGUUCAAGGUUUUUGAUUCAGAGACCCUUUUCUUGUUCUCUGUCUAAACGAGAGUAAAUAGCUAUGGAACACAAUUUAUUUGAGCCUGAGUUACAUUUCGAAUCAACUGGAGAUGUUUCUUUUCAUCAGACAUGGAAAACAUCAGUCUCAGACAAUGAAGAUGGCUGCUUUGAUUGCAACAUAUGCUUAGAUUCAGCACAUGAACCUGUGGUCACUCUCUGCGGUCACUUGUACUGCUGGCCAUGCAUUUACAAGUGGCUUCAUGUACAAAUCUCCGCAGAUGACCCAGAUCCGCAUCGGAAGUGCCCCGUUUGUAAAGCUAACAUCUCACAGACAUCGUUGGUCCCCCUGUAUGGCCGGGGCACCUCCCCCCCAGAUUCUACUGGCAAGAAACCCAACUCGGGCCUUGUCAUACCCCACAGACCAGCUCCUUGCGGAUUGAACACUCUUACUUCUGCUACAAACUCUACUCUGGAUUCCAGCCAGCGACUUCACCCAAAUUAUUUUCAGUCACAGUCACAGUCAUUUCAUCACCAGCAAUACUUUCCUCACAUGUAUGGAGGUUUAGCUGCAGAUGCAUCAACUUUUGUUGGGGGUGAAGCGAUGGCUGGUUUAUUUAGUCCAACAAUUAGCGUGUUUGGGGAGAUGGUAUACGCGAGGAUGUUUGGGAGCUCAAAUUUAAGUGUAUACCCUUAUCGUUAUCCAGGUUCCUAUCCUCGCACAGGGAUUAGCAGUACUAGGAUGAGAAGGCGGGAAAUGCAGCUUGAUAAGUCUCUUAAUCGACUUUCCGUUUUUCUCUUCUGUUUCAUAAUCUUGUGUUUUGUCCUUUUCUGAUCACGUUUCCUUUCUGGCUUUGGCCUUUAUAGUCGCCGGAAGAUGUAACAUUAUGUGCAGUAGAUCAUUUUUUUUUUUUUUUUUUUUUUGUAUAGAAUUAUGUGACAUUUUUUUAGCUGGAUUUAUGAUGAAUUAUUGGUAUGGAUGUAUCUGCCGCUUACGAUCACCAGUGGAGCCAGGAAUUUGAUUGGAUUGGGAUUGCACUUUAAA